AUGGACGUCAUGGUCGACCGUAGAGUUGACGGAACCCUAGGCCAUUGUAUUUAUCGUAAGCCUAUACAUACGGAUCGAUAUCUGCACAAAAUCUGCGAACCAACUGCUAUUGAGAAGGAACUUUCUCACCUCACAAAUGUCUUCCAAGCCAACGGCUUUUCGAAGCAAGAAAUUAAAAGAGCUUUCCACCCCAAAGUGGAAAGACAACCACCUGAAGAAGAACCGGCGAAAUCUACUGCGUACCUCCCCUACGUUGAGGACGUCACCGAAAGAAUUGAAAGACUGCUGAGCGAACACCACAUUAAGACCGUUUUCAAAGCCUACCCAUCGCAUCAGCGACUUUCUACGAUCAGUGAAAGAUGCGAGAGACCUUUGUCCGCUGCAGGAGUUUACAAGAUUCUAUGUUCCUGCGGAUCGGCUUACAUUGGAACAACAAAAAGAAGCGUUAAUACAAGAAUGAAGGAACACCAAAGAAAUUGCCGUCUGGGUCACACUGAGAAAUCAGCAGUCGCGGUACACAUUUUUAGUGAUGGCACCUAUGACAUUAAAUUCAAAGAAACCAAAACACUUUCAAGGACUUCCCGCUAUUAA